GGGCGGCCCCGAGCGGCGCCAUCCGGGCAGCCGCGGCCCGGCCCCGGGCGCGCCCAAUAUAGCCCGGGGCGGGGAGGCCGCCCUGCUCCGCUCCGCUCCGCGCCGCUCUCUUAGCGCCCGCCUCCGGGAGCAGCCGCAGCGGCGGCGGCCGAGCGGGCUCUGACAGCGUAGUACACCUCAGUUGAGUCCUCCUGUAUGCUGCCUGGCUUGCCAUCUGCAGUUUGCUGCUGUCCUGCUGGGGAUUAGCUGUGUCACCGCGGGUGUGCCGCCCCGGCUGGUGGGAGCAGGGCUGCGUGGAUCUGCCCCCAGAAGUAAAAAAUGGCAUUUCAGAAGGCAGUGAAAGGAACUGUUCUCAUUGGAGGAGGUGCCAUAGCAACAGUUUUUGGCCUCUCUCAAUUUUCUCAGUAUAGAAACAAACACGGUACCUUUGUGAAUGUCCAAGCUGCAGAAGCAGUGACUGUUCCAAUAAAGCACGAUUUUCCCACGAGAGAAGAGCAGAUUUUGGCACUAAAAACCACACGUGAAUUUGAUGUCCUUGUUAUAGGUGGAGGAGCGACAGGAUGUGGCUGUGCUUUAGAUGCCGUCACCAGGGGACUAAAAACAGCCCUUCUAGAAAGAGAUGAUUUCUCAUCAGGGACCAGCAGCAGGAGUACUAAAUUGAUCCAUGGUGGAGUGAGAUAUCUUCAGAAGGCCAUCAUGAAGUUGGAUUUUGAGCAGUACAGGAUGGUGAAAGAAGCACUUCAGGAGCGUGCAAAUCUGCUUGAAAUUGCUCCUCACCUAUCAGCUCCUUUGCCUAUAAUGCUACCUGUUUACAAGUGGUGGCAAUUGCCAUACUACUGGGUUGGAAUAAAACUGUAUGACAUCGUGGCAGGAAGUCAGUGUCUGAAAAGCAGUUAUGUCCUUAGCAAGUCAAGGGCCUUGGAGCUCUUCCCAAUGCUACGCAAAGAUAAGCUUGUUGGAGCUAUUGUCUACUAUGACGGACAGCACAACGACGCGCGGAUGAACCUCGCCAUCGCCCUCACUGCUGCCAGGUACGGCGCUGCCACCGCCAAUUACGCUGAAGUGCUGCGCUUGCUCAAGACGACGGACCCAGGCACCGGGAAGGAGCGCGUGUGCGGGGCACGCUGCAGGGACGUCCUCACAGGGCAGGAAUUUGAUGUCAAAGCCAAAUGUGUUAUCAAUGCUACAGGACCUUUCACAGACUCUGUGCGCAAAAUGGAUGAUCAAGAAGUACCAAACAUCUGUCAGCCAAGUGCAGGCGUGCAUAUUGUGAUGCCUGGUUAUUACAGCCCUGACAACAUGGGGCUGCUUGACCCAGCCACCAGCGAUGGUAGAGUGAUUUUUUUCCUGCCGUGGGAGAAGAUGACUAUUGCAGGCACCACGGACAGCCCAACCGAUGUUACGUCCCAUCCGAUACCAACAGAAGAAGAUAUAAACUUCAUUUUGAACGAAGUGCGCAACUACCUUAGUGUUGAUGUUGAAGUGAGAAGAGGAGACGUGUUGGCAGCGUGGAGUGGCAUUCGUCCUCUGGUCACAGACCCCAACUCCAAAGACACUCAGUCGAUAUCCCGGAAUCACGUUGUUACUGUCAGUGACAGCGGCCUUGUCACAAUAGCAGGUGGGAAGUGGACAACCUACCGAGCCAUGGCACAGGAUACCAUUGAUGCUGCAAUUCAGGCACAUGAUCUGAAUGCGGGUUCCAGUAAAACUAUUGGGCUGCAGCUACAAGGGGCUGAGGACUGGAGUCCCACUCUCUACAUUAGGUUGGUACAGGACUACGGGCUUGAAAGUGAGGUGGCUCAGCAUCUAGCUUCUACCUAUGGUGACAAGGCUUUUGAGGUAGCCAAAAUAGCCCAAGUUACAGGAAAGAGAUGGCCUAUUGUUGGAAAACGCCUUGUGUCUGAAUUUCCUUAUAUUGAAGCUGAGGUCAUCUAUGGUGUAAAAGAAUAUGCCCGUACUGCUGUGGAUAUGAUUUCCCGACGGACUCGCUUGGCCUUCCUGAAUGUUCAGGCUGCUGAGGAAGCUCUACCAAGAAUUGUAGAUAUAAUGGGCAAAGAACUUAACUGGAGUGAACAGAAAAAAAAGGAAGAACUUGAAGCUGCUAAAAAGUUUCUGUAUUACGAAAUGGGCUACAAAGUAAAAUCAGAUCAAUUAACAGACAGCUCUGAAAUCACUCUAGUGCCUUCAGAUAUUGAAAGGUACAAGAAGCGAUUCCAUAUGUUUGACAAGGACAAGAAAGGUUUUAUUACUAUACUGGAUGUGCAGCGUGUCUUGGAGAGCAUCAGUGUACAAAUUGAUGAAAAAACACUUCAUGAUAUUCUAAAUGAAGUAGAUCUGAACAAAAAUGGACAGGUUGAGCUCAUUGAGUUUCUCCAGCUCAUGAGUGCCAUUCAGAAGGGCCAUGUGUCUGGAAGCCGGCUGGCUGUCCUCAUGAAGACUGCCGAAGAGAACUUGGGCCAGAGAGUGGUGAUCCCUGUGGACCGCAGCGGUGGAGGGCUGUAGCUCGAGCACAGCCUCUGCUCGCGGCCGCGGCUAACGGGUAUGCGUGGCUGCAUCUCUGCUGAAAACAUUCCAGUGCUUUCGACUGUCCUUGCUUGUUCAAGGUGACUGGUAUUUGUCCAUUGGUGUAGCAUUUACAAAAAUACACUGGUGCACUUGUUUUACUAAUGAUUUUCUGUACAGCUCUUAACACUCCAACAUGUGGCCUUUCGGAUUGGGUAUGCUUUAGACGUAGAAGUUUAUUAACAAGAAGCUGGAAUGCAGUCCAGAAAGAUCUGGGUGUACACACACACGUGUGCACGUGCUGCCUUGUUCAUUAACUUCUAUACCACCUUUACCUUUAAAGAAAAAGUGAAUCCUGCCUUUAAGGAAAGCAUUGCGUUGAGAUUUGCAAAUAUGCUUUUAAUACUUAAAAGCUGCAGGGCUGUCCACUUCAACAAAGAUCAGUAGAGGGAAAGCUGAUGUUCUGGCUUCGAGACAAUAUCACAAAAGGAACAGAACAAUUCAGUAAAGAACUGUCAGGAUUAUUUAUACUGCCUUCCAUUGACGGUAGGUUUUGCUCUUUUUGAGUGUUUUGUUAUUUCUGUGGUAUCUAUACUUAGCAAGACACAAGUAUCAGCAGUAUGAAGCUGGAAAACUACAACACACCUCAGUUGAUCAUCCAAACUAAUAAUUCAGUUAACACUAGAGGAUGGCUUUCCUUUCUCCCAUCUUAGUAAGAAUAAGCUUCCUUUAAUAAAUAGCAUUGUCUAACAGGUGGCAUUUUAUGCUGUGAAGUGCUUUGUACUGUUUCCAGUUUGGGACAAAACAAACAUUGGUCCUAUGUAGAACAUGGCAGUUUUGAUAACUCAAGUUUUUAUUUAAAAACUCAAAGUCACACAGUGAAACUUGUUUUGCAUUCCGCUAAAUUUUCUGCAAAAGUGAAAGGGCUAUUUUUCUGCAGAUUAAUGUAAAGAUUAAGAAAAAUAAAUAAAAAAAUUAGGACUACUCACUUGAUCUGUUUUCAACAGCGUUGCAACUGGCUGUUUGCCUUUCUGCUAGGUCGACUAAAUUCAAGAUCAAAUGGAAGAUUCUUGCCUGAUGUAGAACAAGGAAGGAAAAACAAGAGUGGUUUAUUGAUCAACUUAUUCUGUUAUGUUUGAGUAUAAAUACCAGUUCACAACUCAAAAACCUCCGUUCUAAGGGUUCAGAAUUUCUGCUUAUGUGAAAUCUGAUAUUUGAACUGCUGUCACCACUUUUACUAAUGAAAAACAUCAGCACAAUAACACAGCAAAGAUUAUUUCUGUAUUUAAAAGGGAAAAUGAUUGUCUAAAUGAAAUGGAGAGGCUGAGGAAUAUUAGUAUAUAGUAUAAUAAGCACAGAUGUUUGCAGCUGUAGAGGCAGAGUCCUUUUAAUAAAAUAAUUUAAAAAAUGUCAAAUGUUUUUGAAACCUUAAAAAAAAAAAAAGUGAGGUCAAGCCUCAUCUGUAAUUCUGUAAAUUAGUGUAUUUCUUUUAGUCCAAGCAAUUGGUAAAAUCUCUCCAGGUUUAUUUCUGGAAAUAUUGGGUAAAAUGCCUUUAACUGAUUUCUUGCAUGUUAAAUUAAAUUUAACUGAAAUUUCAGCUGCCUGAAAAUGCAGAUGUUGUUAAGGGGUUCUGACUCUUGCUUUGAGUCCUGUACAAGCUAGGCACAGUCUAUGUGAAUGACGAGUUAGCACAUUUGACAGCAUAAGAAACAUUUUUAUGAAUGAAAGGGUUUGUUUCUGUGGUACUGUAAACUUUCUUGAAAUAUAUUCUAGUUUAUUCAAGUAAGUAUGCUAAUGUUUGGCACAGCUUCACAUUACCAAAACCCUUCUCAAAUAAGAACACAAUAAGAUUUUACAUACGCUGCAGGCUUGGAUGGAAAUGGAUGUACAAUACACAGGUUAUUUUGGUUCAGUGAGUAGGAGCCAGGUAAGGAGGGAAGUGGUUUAGGAUACUGUUGUUAAUUUAAAAUAAAAAUAAAAAUUGUAAUGAGACCUUUUCUAGGCCACAAAAAGAAAAAUAUUUAAUGUUCAACAUCCCUUGUAUUGUAUAAAGAAAACUCCUCUCCCACUCCUCUGUAAGUGGCACUGUUAAGAAUUAAUAGUACGAGUUUCGCUGUGAAGCCAGGAUUUUCUGCUUUGUACCCAAAGUAUAUUUUGUUCUAUUGUUUCAGUAAUACUGCAUACAGAACGUGACUUUGGGAUUUUCUUGGCUAUAUGUGUGUCCUCCGAUAUGAAUGUGCUUUGCAUCUUAGGCACUUUACUGUCAUGGAUCUCUUUUGUAUGGCACAGCAAGAUCUUGUAUGACUGCCUUGUGUAAAGAGGAGAUUGUGUGUGUUGCUUAAAACAACUGAAUAUAUACAUGGAAAAAAAAAUCUAGAACCGUUUAUUUCAUCACUUUGCAUUUGUUUUUGGGAAAGCUUUUCUUGUUCGUUGGCUUUUCUGUUUUUUUCUCUUUUUUUUUUUUUCCAUGUGAAUGUACUGCUGAAACAGUUGUUGUAGAUGUCACUGUCAUGCAUUGUUCGGAUCCCAGGUGGAAAAAUAGUGUUGUGACUUCUGAGGAGGGAGCUGGGUUUCUGGAAGGGGGCGUUUUGUUUAUGCAGUAAGCUGCAUGACGGGGGGAGCGCGGGUACAUGCGCGUGUGUAUAAAUACACAUACGCACACUGCAUGUUUUACAUGUGGCACUUAACGUAUUUUGUUAAGUUAUUGUUCUAGACUGAACUGUUAAAUACUGUGUUUGAGGCUGGGUUGUCAUUUUUAUAACUGUCUUGGUGUUUUACUGCCAUUAUUUAUUACUUUUGAUAUACAGAAUGAGCCGCAUGCAUUUAUAGAGCAAUAAGAGGAUGUAUUUAAUGUGCCUUGUUUUUAACUGAGUAAGAACUGAAAGCAUGAAUCAAUAAAACUGAAUAAAAAUGGUC